GAGGGCAGACUUGCUCAUAUUCUCAUCUCCUUCUCUCUCUAGCUAUUUAAUCUUGCACCAGAAGAAUCCUCCAUUUCUCUGCAUGCCUUGUUGUUUUGUCUCUCGUCGUCGAUCAACUAGGUAUUAUAGGACACCGGAUCUUGCUCAGGACAUUUGUGUCAGAGCCGUGUUCCUUCUACCCUUUCUCUCUCUAAGAUAGCAGGCAGGCAGGUCCCUCUCCUGAUCCCUUUGUGUCAGACCCCAAAUCUCCAUCCCUCUCUCCUCCCCAGUCCCCACCCUAUCUUCCCCAACCUUAGCCCCCCUUCGCCGCCGCCUCCUCCUCCUCUCUCCUCCGACACGGCCACACCUCCUGCCUUUUAAGUAACGCGCCCGUCUCCCCCACUCUUCUCUCUCUCUGGAUCUUCGCCUUCUCUCUCUCUCUCUCUCUUUGUCUGUGCCGUUUCAUGGCCGCAAAGAGAACGGCGCCUCCACCAGCAAACCCUAACCCUAACCGGCGCCGUGUCACCAGCGCCGCCGACGACUCGGCCUCGGCCCCGCCGUCGAAGCGCAUGCUGGCCUUCCACUUCCUCCGCGCGCUGUCCCGGAUCCACAGCUCCACCCCCGUGCCGCGCCGCACGCGCACCAUCCGCCGCGCGGCCUACUCCUCCAUGGCGCGCGCCGCCAGCCCGCGCAGCGCUUGGAGCCGGGCGCUGCUCCGCCAGGUGCGCGUGCGAAGGGCGGUGAGGUCGAGGCGCGCGGUCCUGAUGCGGAGGCGCGUCUCCGCUGCGCCAGCGCCACCGCUCGGUGCCAGCAGGAGUAGCGUCUCUGCAGGACAGACAUCGGUGGCGCCUCCGGUCCGUACGCCGCCUCCGCGGCAGGAGGGGGAACCGGCGAGGGCCGACGCGCUGCGGCAGCUGAUCCCCGGCGGCAACGGGAUGGAGUACUGCAGCCUCCUGGAGGAGACCGCCGACUACGUGCGCUGCCUCCGCGCGCAGGUGCAGCUCAUGCAGGGCCUCGUCGACCUCUUCUCCGGCCAAUGAUCGAACCAGUAAUUAAUUAAUACCGCAUGGUUAAUUAAUUCUUGUUCUUGCACCAUCGAUCAUAUGCCGCCGCCGUCGCCGCUGUUUCUACCUAGAUCAUCUCAUAUCUCUUGUUCAUGUCACAUGAGAUGCAUGAUUAAGAUAUAUAGGAGAUUAUUGAGGAGGAGAUGGUGGUACAUAUGUCUAGUUGGUAAGAUUAUUAGUAGGUGUAUAGGUUGGGAACAUGGGCAUGGAAGAUGGAGCCACAGCAAGAGAUGGAGGAAGAUUGAGGUAAUUACUUGUAACAUAUAUAGAGAGAGAGAAACAUGGAGUUACAUAUAAGCUAGUGCAGUGUUGUUGGGUCAGAUGAUUUAUCUGCAUAUAUGUUUGUGAAUUGUGGAACCAUGCCAUGUAUCUUGUAGCUAGCUACGCAUGUAGGUAGCUUUUAUACACACACACUUUUUCUGCCUGUCAA